AUGAUGGUGGUGAUUGCAAGACAUUUCUACUUAGAAGAGAAAUUUACCGAUAAACUUUCUUCAAUCCAGAAAAAAAAGUCAAAUGAAAUGGUACCUGCUGCGGCAAAAGAGAAUCAGACAAACUCAAAUGAAAUAAACAAAAAUGAAGAGACUCUAAAGAGACCAUGUAAGCAGGAUGUGACAAAAGGGGUAGAGUAUUUUUCUGCCAAAUAUGAUGAGCAAGAAUUAGACCCAGAAUUAUUUCUUGUAGAAACUGAUGACAAUAAAGAAUUUGAUAUCAAGAGCAGUGAGGAUCUUUUUAAUUACAAUGAAUGGAUUUUAAAAUCUGGUAUAGCAGUGGUUAAUCUUCUAAAAGUGGCAGCUGGUAUUAAAGGACACCUGAUGAGACCUGAGGUAUGGGGCAUUGUACAUUGUGGGCUAAAUGUUGCAAAACCAAAAUGGUGUGAAGAAAAAGAGUACAUCAAAAUACAAAAAACU